AUGAUGCAAUCCCGUUUCCAGAUCAUCAGUGUGUUUGCACCUCUUAAACGGUAUACUGCACCUGAAGCAUAUGAACGUAUUCCGAUGCCUCGCAUAACACCAAACGAUAUGGAUGCAUGGUUCACAUCGGUGGACUAUUGGUUUAAGGCAUGUAACAUGAACAGCGAUGCUCAACGUUAUUACCAUGUGAUGGCUACGUUAGAUCCUCUUACGCUACCAACCAUUACCCAAAUCUGUAAAAACGCUGAAAAUACACAACGUAUUACCAACUCAGGUAUUGGCAUGUAUGAGUUUCUMAAGACUGAACUUCUCAAAUAUUUUGGUGAAAGUUAUCAACGUAAAAUUCAGCGAUUAUUGGAGGAGAUGGUACUAUGUGAUCAACGCUCGAGUCAACUAUUUAAUGCCAUGAGACGAGUGGCAGGAAAUUCCUUUUCGGAAGAAACUCUUCGAGCUAUGUGUAUCCAACGCUUACCGGAAUUAAUAAGAGCAUCUGUAAUCCCACGCGAAGGUACGAUAGAUGUUCAAAUUGCAGUUGCUGACGCUGUUAUGGAAACGUUAACCCAGAGUCAAAUUUGUUCAUCAUCGGAUCACGCCGCCAGCACAACAGCUCAGACUCAACAAGACACGAUUCCUCAACUAUCAAAUAUAACUCACGAAUUACAAUGCAAAUUCGAUAAUAUGCGCACACGAGAACGCAGUCGCUCACACACUAGUCGCAGAUUUCUUCGACGACAUAGUCAAUCGAGUGAGCGAAGAUCUUCCUCAUGCAAUACGAAAGAAUGUUGGUACCAUCAAACGUUCGGAGACUCCGCCAACCGAUGCCGUAGUCCAUGUCUACGUCGACAAGGUACCAACACCCAGCAUGAAUGA